AUGCCCUACUCUGAACCAUGUCCGCUAUGCAAUACGAAUGUUGAUUCCGCCUUUAGUGGAAGGGGGGUGGAAGACUGGAAGGCUUCUUUGACCCUCCUGGAGCUAGAGCAUGAUGGCCCAACACUUAUCACUCCGCCUGUUACUUUCAUGCUCCGUCAUGACCAACAUGCAGUUCAUUCUGCUUGUUGGUCCAUCUUGAAUGGUGCAGUUCUCUCCAAGGAUAUCAGCCACCGGUGGUUAGGUAGUAUCCGCGAAAUCUUUGAGGAUUUAGAACCCCACUUUGCUGAAAUCCAGUGGCCCGAACGCCCAGAAUUUCUAGAAGGGAGCUGGCAGAGUAUACCUGCUCCUGAAGCUAACAAGCUCGACUCUUCCGUUAUUGGUACUUUUGGUAACAUUUUCCUUCCUGUAGAGAUCUUACAAGUCAUUCAUAGCCACUUGGAAUGCUAUGAUGACGUCCGCAAUUUUACCCGGGUGAUAGGAGUGGAUCCUGCCCCAGCGGCUUGGCUAGCAUUGGGGAAAACUUAUUUUGGGCCCGGGUUAGCUUCCAUAAAAGGGACUCGACGACAAAUUGCAGAUAUAAUCGAGCGAAUUUUGUGGAAUGUUCACAAUUCUCCGACUUGCCUUCCUCAUAUCGCCAACUAUUGUGCUGUCUGGGAGAAUGUUAAACUCACACUUUCUAUUUUGGCACAAACCAUACGUGGGUCAGACAUAUCUUCCGUAAAAAUUGACGAUCGUUGUGUCGUUCGCUGCCGCGACGUGAUAGGAGCGCUGAAGCACCAAAAAUCUCUCCCUUUGAAAUCCCCCUGCAAAUUAACUGUGCAUUUUACAUCAGUCCGAACUCGGGAUUAUCUUUGUGGCCUUCAAAUUAACGACGAUUGUGCAGGAUAUACAGGAAACUUAUCUUUGUCUACGACUAUUGAAGAGUUUAGAGGUUUACGCAUAGCUCUAGAUGAUUACGGAUUUCUAUCUCUUCAGGUCAAGGAUGGAAAGUCAUGGCAAUUACAUACCUGUGGUACCUUGCCGCCGAAUGAGAUUGAGUACCUUUCAUUUGCUCAGCUAGAGUGGCCCAUUUGCCAGGAUAGCGAGCUUAUACUUUGCUUGGAUACAUUCAAAAUCCAAACCAUAUCAUACCAUUCACAAGACCUAGAGGAGGAGUUACCGCAUUUCUCAAUUUGGCAUGGGGGGUUUCCUUCACCCUACCUCACUCCAUCGGUUCUCUUCGAUCGUUUUCCCAACGAAGGUAUUAGACCUUGUACCUUCCUAGACCAAGGUCUUGACACGGUCAUAUCGAUCAGUGCAUUUGUCGACACUUGGUGGCAGUCGCUUUCUGGAAUAGAAUUUACGUUCCGUGGAAAAUCAGAUACUGCCAGACUCGGCCGACCUGCAAAGACCUUUACUAAACUAUCAUUCAAUCUUGAUUGGGAGCAGGGAGAAAUUAUUCUAGGGGCUGGCUGUGCAGUAGCUCAUCACAACCAAGGACUCUCCAUCAAGUUCUUCACAAAUUUCGGCCGCAGUGUAAUUUUUGGUGGCCCAAUUCUAGGAGACUGGCAUACUAUAAAAGGCAUCGCUGGAAUAUAUUGCUCUUCUGCAAUAUUUUGCCACACCUUUCCAGACGGCUCCAUGCCAUUUAUUUCUUUCUUUGGCGUAUUGAAAGAAUGCACAGGGAGCCACAACUUGAUAGUCGAUGAUGUUGCCACCAUUGAAGUGACUACCUGGCCUCAAGAAAUUGUCACAUUUGAUAAGAAUGAGUCUGUCUUAGGUUUCGUUUCUAGAUCCGACUUAACCUCGAUUUCGGGCAUUACAGUAUAUGCAGAAUCCCUACUCGAAGAGGCUAGGCUUACCGGAAUUAAAAUAUAUCAUUUUGAUCGGAACCCGGAUUUAUUAGGAGAGGCACGCGAGGAAAUUCACACGUUUUCUGUAGCGGAUGACCUAAUCAAAAUAGAGACUUACUACUCAAUGAACCAUGGAUCACUGUGUCAGAUCCGAGGAUUCCGUUUCUGCUUUGAACUGGGGCUUGUGGAAUUGGGCAAUACAGAGAGCGUUUUACAGAGAGAUAUUGCUGUAUGCAAGUCAUCGCCAACUGUUGUUUAUUGGGUAUUCAACGGCUCUCUUUCAUACUUGAGUGAGAGCGCUUCCGAUAUUAACAUCACAUUUGCUACAGAUUGGAAAGGUAAAAGUGCCCUCCGAGGGUAA